UAGAAUGUUGCGCGUGUUGGGCAAACGUUUUUAUUGCAAAAUUGCAACUAAUGCGAAUGAAAAGGCCAUUAAAUUGGACUUUAAACAGCUGACGCAUCCCAGCAAGGUGCCGCAGACGCCGGUGGAAACUAAGUUUCCCGACACCAGCUGUUCCGAAAUUGAGAUCGAUACGAAAACCAUCCAGUUACUGGAGCGAUUGUCUCUGGUAGAUCUAGAUAGCGAGCGGGCACUUGACACGCUCAAGAGUAGCAUCCAGUUCGCGGACAAGAUAGCCCACAUCGACACGGAGCACGUGCGCCCACUGUACACUGUGCUGGAGGAUCAGCAGCUCCAGUUACGCAACGACCAGGUGACCGAGGGCGACUGCCGGACGGAGGUGCUCCGGAACGCAAAAGUGACCGACGAGGACUACUUUGUCUCGCCGCCUGGCAACAUUCCUCUGGAGCAAUGA